AGAAGAAGAAAAGAACCGGCGUUGGUUUCCUGUAUUGGUCUGUUCGCAGUCUGGUACAAAAAAAAAUAAAGAUUAAGAUGGCUGCUUCCAAGAGGUCCAACAUGAGUUCAGAAAACUCAACGGAAGAUGGGUUAAAAGCAAAUAAAGCUGACAUUAGCAGUAAAGUCGAUCUGUUAAUUCAGAGCAGAAAACACGCAAACGAUGUGUUCGACAUUCUUGAGUACCUGCAGUCAGAGAAAGAGAAGAUCGUUGUUUCUGCGAUAAAUGCAUGUUGUAAACUGUUCUGCACGUUAUUGGAGAGGGCAGACCUAUUUGUUGGGCAACUGCCGAAAGAAGAGGAAAUGUUAAUUGGUGAUCACAGUGCAGAUGAGAAGUACAGGAUGUUCAUGCGCCACCGUUACAACAGCUGUUUGGACCUGCUUCUAGAGCACAUCAGUCAUGAUUCAUACCAGAUUAAAGAGAGUGCCCUGUGUACUCUGAUGAAAUUUGCCUCCAUGGAAGGGAAGUUUCCACUCCAAGACUUAGACUGGAGUGAACACUACAGCUUCCCAAGAGAAAUCAUCCAGGCAGUGGUUGACAAACUCCUCUCUCAGGAGGAGGAUAUGGCCCUUCUUAUCUCCAGAUUUCAGGAGUACCUGGAGAUGGAAGAUGUGCGUUACUACGUCAUGAGUGCCAUCCGUGAGAAUGUUGCCAGGGUGAUGGACAAAAACAAAGGGGUGGUGAUUCCGGUCUACCAGAACAAUGUGUUCACUCUGCUGUCUAAUAUCAGCAUGCCAAGCCAGGAGUCUGAACUGACCAACUACCUGGUCAAACAGGAAGCUAAACAUGAAGACUGGAAAGCAGCUAAACUAAAAGAACACAAACGUGCCUUUGAACGUCUGUGGCUCGGGUUUCUGAAGUAUAAGUUGCCUAGCAGCAUGUACAAGAUGGUGCUGGUUAUCCUCCAUGACUCCAUCCUGCCCCACAUUAGCAAUCCCACACUGAUGAUCGACUUCCUGACUGCAGCAUAUGAUGUUGGAGGGGCCAUCAGUCUGCUAGCCCUCAAUGGCCUGUUUGUGCUCAUCCAUCAACACAACCUAGACUAUCCAGAUUUCUACAAGAAGUUGUACAACCUGCUGGAGCCCUCGGUUUUCCAUGUGAAGUACAGAGCACGCUUCUUCCACUUAGCAAAUAUUUUUCUCUCCUCCACUCACCUGCCAGUCUACUUGGUGGCUGCUUUUGCCAAGCGUCUGUCCCGUUUGGCUCUCACUGCGCCACCUGCUGCCCUGUUGAUGGUACUACCCUUCAUCUGCAACCUGAUUCGCCGUCAUCCUGCCUGCCGUGUCCUCAUUCAUAGGCCCAGUGCAGCAGAUCAAGCCUGUGAUGACCCGUACAUGAUGGAGGAGGAGGACCCUGCCCGCUGUCAUGCCCUGGAGAGCAGCUUAUGGGAGCUUCAGACUCUGCAGAACCAUUACCACCCUGAUGUGGCAAAAGCUGCCAUGGCGAUCAACAAGCCACUGUCACAGAAGGAGGAUGACUUUAAAGAGCUGCUGGAGCUUUCCACCUAUGAGAUGAUGGAUCGGGCUCUGAAGCAGAAGCAGAGCAGGGCGGUACCACUAGAGUUUGACCCUGCCACCCAGCUGUUGCAGGGUUCUGGGGGUGUGGGGGUGCUGGGGAUGCACUUUGGUCUGGAGUAGAAACCACCAGGACCAUGUUUUUUUUUUACUCACGGUCCCUCCCCAUACAGCCUUUUCAUUUUAUACACCGGUUUUUAUUUCAAUAAACCAUCAGAAAACUAGUAA